CGCGCUAUUUAUAGACUGAAAGAAAUUCUCCGAAUCGCGUCUGCACUUGGUUAUCUGGAUAUCAAGGCUGAUACCGUGGAACAAGAUUAAACAAGCGGCCGUGUCCGAUCACAAUCUACAGAGAACAACAUGCUAUAAUCUCUGUAAUUAGAAAACGACAUUAAGGUGGACAGAUUCGACAAGCCACCGUUUGACGGGAGGACAGGGAAAUAUGGAUGAUCAACCACCCGCUAUACAUCCACAAGAGGCUGAAGUUCCUAUACCUGUGGCGCACGAGGCAGCAAGUGACGGGGGAUAUGCCGACACCCCUGGUCACUUAAAACCACGGGAGCCUGUUUAUCGUGACAACAUCCGGCCAUCCCCUUCGCCGGACAACGAUCAUAGCGAACUACCCGCUAUACAUCAACCCCAUGCUGAAGUUCGUAUACCUGUGGCGCAAAAGAAAGCAAGUGACAAAUAUGGGGUAUAUGCCGACAUCCCUGGUCACAUGAAAUUCCGACUUGACAGAGGAAAACGAAGGUCGGACUUAGAAUUCAAAUCGGUCUUCGUCUUUAAACAUGACGAUAACCGAUCUGUAGAUGUUCCAAGGGUUUUGCGUCUCGUAUGUGCAUAUCGCGUUGGCCUACAAAUUGUUAGACAGCAGUUGCAAAUUGUGGAUAGUUCAAGUGGGGUCCCGAUGGAGACGGAUGCAUCAGAAACAGAGCCAUCCGAACUCUUCGAUGAUAAUGCCAGUGAUGCGGAUUAUAUAUGGUGCGGCAUGACUUCAAAGGAAUAUCAGGAGAGACUAAACUCAGCAAAGGAAACUGCAAAGAUUUACAGCUGGAUGGAGAUUUACGAACAGUUCAUUGGCGAAUGUUGUAAUGAAGAGGAAAGUUUAGCAAAAACAGUGCAACAACUGCGAAACGACCCUGACGGAGAUGUGAAAUAUUUCUGUAGAGAUAACUUGAUAACACACACCAAAGACAUGAUAAAAAGAUGGAAACUGUUGAAUGCAGUGGCAAUGCAACUACACAGUGAGAUGGAGACCUUGAACAGAUCUGCAUACCCAUGCAUGGAGGUGUAUUCAGACAUUGAACUUCAUUAUGGAGCUGGUGAAUAUCUCCAACGAUUGAAAGCCACUGGUCAGAGUACCAUACCAGACAAAUGGAAAAAGAUAUCUGAAAAGAAUUCAGAUCUGAUCAGACAGAUAAAAACCGAGGUCAGUUGCACUAUUAAGAAGCUUCAUGACAGAAUAUUGACGAAUUUAAUGGAAAUGGAUGCUACGAGAAAAGUGAACUAUAUCAAACUAUGCAGCAGAUAUACUGGACUGACGGCAAUUGUAUCGAAACUCAACAACAUCUUGUCGAACAUUUGCAGAGGCGAACAAGUACUUCACGAAAGUUUCACUGAGGAGGAAACGUGGUACAAUGAGUUCGACUAUUCAUACGUCGACAUGUAUUUCAAAAACGCUAAUGUCAAGGGAGACUCAGAGACAGAAUGGAACAGAGCAGCAAAACAGACAAGGCAUAAUUUGGCCACCAAAAUUGUUGAAUGGUGUACUACCUUACAUCAGCAAUAUGGUGCUUUGGUUAAAGAAUUAAGGACUCAAAGAAAAUCAGUGCGACCUGGAAUUAAGACACACGUUGCCGAGUUAGAGACAAGGGUUGUUCAACAACAGAGCCAGAUGACAAAGAUGGAAAAUGAGUUCAAAACCAAAGAAGCUCUUUGGUUUGAAAAAGAUUUAAGGACACAGCAAACAAAUGCAGAUUUGACGUCACAGUUAGACGAUGUAAAAUACAAUGCGGAUUAUUUAAAAAAACAAAUUAAUACACAAUGGAACCAGUAUUUGGUACAACUGACCGAUGAACAAAGCCGGAAGUUUGAAACUCAACAAGCAAAACUAGCUGAGGCAAUGAACAAAAUGGCAGCCUUGAGACGGGAGAAAGAAAAUCUACUUACAAGGUUAAGUAAAAUAGCUGGGAGUAAACUUGUUCAUGGCAACCCCGCCAUCACAGAUCUCAGUGAUGCCAACCGCCCUACAAAGCUAUCGGAGAGGUACUCAGAGCUGUAUGACAACGAAUGGACUGACGCUUUAGAGGAGCUGAUAGAUAGAAAAGACAUCGUCCAAGGCGAGGAUGUUGUCUGUACAAAAAUACUCCCCGCUAUUCUAAUUGAGUCGUUUAAGUUUUGCUGUGAAACUGAGGCCGAAUAUGUGAGGACGAUCCGACAGUCACUAACAUCGCUCCCAGGCUCUAAUCCAGACAGAACAGAACAAGAACAGAAAGAAGCUGUUGGUACAUGUACUACUAUGACACAUGAGCAAACCCAGCAGCUCGAUGAUCUAGUGAAGACCUGUGUCCCUAUGCUGACAUCAGCUGUCGAGUCCAAAUUUUUGACACUUAUGGAAAAGCAGUUUGCACAUGUAAUCAAACUAGCAGGUGGAUCGAUUAAAAGCGACUCGCAAAUGCCCCGAUCAGAUCAGAUGCUUCUAACUCAAAUGCAUGCACCAGAAAUGACUACUCGUACUGACGUCCAAUCAACAACCCAGGACAAUGCUGAUUAUGGUCGGAACCAACCUUCCACUUUAGAGGAGAGUGAUCCUACCAAAAACAGAACACCAGCUGACGAGCAAGCGACAUCCCAAACCGGCACUAGCCCUUCUGAUCAAGAGCCAAAUGACCACCUUGCCACCGAAAGCCACAGACAAUUUAGCCAUGGCCAUUCAGAUGAUAUGUCAGACCAAGGCAACCAACAGAACGAGAAUACCUGGCACGAUUCACACACAACGGAUACCACAGGCUAUGCCCGAAUUUCGUCGCUCGAGAAAACAAUCAAGUUCACCAAAUGCUGUGUUAACCUCUGUUGGCUGAUGCGAAUCAAGAAUCCUCCGUUACACAUGGAUACAGAACUUGUGGAAGAUUCUGACAUCAAUACGGACUUUUACAAAAAUUAUACACACAAGGGGAAAAAAGUUGGUUACUUAGUGUGGCCAGCGCUAUUUUUACACAAAGGUGGACCAUUGCUGUGUAAGGGUAUUGUUCAGCCUUUGUCGAAGAAGAAAGAUAAAAACACAUAGCCAGGUUAUGAUCCAAUACAAAUGGGAAUAUCAAUGCUGUGACUUCGUUAAAAAAAAUCUGUUACCUUAUUUAACCUUUGAUAUCAUUUUACAUGUAGUCUGUGUUAAUACAUUGUCACACACAAAAAAACAUUUAAUGUAGAAGACGUACAAAUGAAGAAUGCAAAUAUUUUUUCCUUUUAAUUUGUUUUAUUGGUUCCCUUAAAAUCUUCUUAAAUGCUUUUUUAAACCAAUUAAAAAAUAUGCCUAUCCAUAUGCACAUUAUAAUCGGUACCAUGAUGUAAUUAUUUUUUGAGAUGAUAUUGUAGAUGUUCUUUUUGGUUUUGCCGUUGAAAUAAACGGCCUGCUUCUAUCCUUUGUCCAACAUUUUUGAAUCACGAGUUAUAAUAAACAAAGAUGUUUUGAUUAUUUCCAUUCUACCACAUGAAAAUGAAAAUGUUUGUACUUUCGAGCCUUAUCUAGUGUUUAAAGGGCAUCGUGACAUGUGAUAUCAACACAUUUCUAUAGUAUGUGCAAACAGAUGAGUUGCCAUUUCAUCAACAAGCCAUGCACAGAUGAUGCCAGUUAAACAUAGUAAUAUGUGACUAGAUAUUUAGAUAUGCGCGUAAUACAACACUCCAUAACGCUAAUUAGACAAUGACUGGGAAGCUUUUUUAAGGCACACAACACGUUCAUGGUUUGUUUGAAAUUUACACGAUUAUUAACCAAUGAUCCGUAGAUAAUAAAAUCACUUAUUCUUUCACAAGCGUGCACGUAAAUGUACUAUGCAGUUCACCAUAUUUUGACUGAAGUGCAAACGUGAAUUCGAUAGCGUGACAAUUGGUCAACUAUACAUGAUACUGAUAUCUGCAAAAAGGUCUAAAAUAUUUUGAAAUCCCUUCUAGGUACCUUACCGAUGCUCUAUUUAACACCUGAAAUUAAUGUAACCGAUAUAAGUAUGUAUGAUAAUGUAGGUACUGGCUAUUGUUCCCAUACGUUCAUUUAAGAAUAAUUUGAUAAUGACACGUUGGAUGUACAGUAAUGAAAAUUAAUAUAUUGAUCAUCACUAAGAGGUUUUCCUUUGUGUAUAGUAACCGUUGAUAUUCAGUAUUUUAUUUGAAUUCCACGACAUGGAUAUAUUGACUUCAGCGGUUAUGGAAUACACUAUUUGUUUAUUAUACAAAUGUAUAAUUAGAGCAUCUAUAAGAUUACCCUUUAAACUGUUUUUUGUAAUUGAUCUCUUUAUUACAUUUUUAACAGUGAAAUAUAAGACAUUAUAUUGAUGAAACAAACAUAUCUUUGGUUCUUACUUACCAGAAAGUAGCAGAUGAUGGUAGAAUUGCAUUGAGGAGACGAUUCUAAAUGUUAAACAGACUUGUUGUCAACUGUAGGGUCAUUAGAACACUGCCUCAAAUAUUGCAUUACUAAUUCCCGCACGUGUUUGAGGCAGCAAUUGUUGCAUCGUGUUACUUAGAAAUGUAAUAAUGUUCGCACACACACACAGUAUCAGUGGUCAACGGUGCGGUCAGUGAAAAUUCUGCCUUUGGCUAACGUUAGCCGAGGGGCUAAUUGUUUUCAAAAUAUUGUUACUUAUUCCUAUUUUAUUUUAAUAUUGAUUUAUGUAAUGUUAUUGUUUUGUGUUUUUUCUGUGUCUCGAUAAAGGAGCGGAUUGCUCCCAAAAGUUGACAACAUCUUAUUGUCUACACUGUAAGAAUUACUUCCUUGUCCCAUCAAAAAUGUAAUAGAUAAAAAAUGUAUCAGUUUUCUUGAUGACUAACACAUACCUUACUCGUGAUCAAUACAAAUGUAUCAGUAUCCUGUCAUACUUGUGAAAUAUAUAUUAUUCUUGACAGGAAACCGUGACAUAUCCUCUCUAUUGUUGCAACAUACAGAAAUAUGUUUGCUUCCUUGUUAUAAUUAUACUUAUGCUGUGAUUUGUUUUGAUUUGAUUACAUCUACUUAUAAGCUUGUGGUAGUUGUUUUUGUAUGCAAAGAACUAUGAAUUGUUCCUAUGAGUAUCACUCGAGGAGUAAACCUCGAACGUAUGAUGUCUGUAAAUAUGACUGACACAAUAUGUGUUACAUGUACCUUCACACAGACCAGGGUAAUUUUGCUUUUU